UUUGCUAAAAAUAUCAAACUUAUAUGCAUAUAAAAGUAUCAUUACACUUUUUAACAAGAAAAUACACACACUCACACACACACACUCGCACACACAUACACACACACACGCACACACAUACACAUACAGACACACACACACGCGCGCACACACAUACAUAUACACACACACAUAUAGACACACACAUAGACACACACGCGCGCGCCCACACACAGUCGCACACACACACAUACACAUACACAUACACAUACAUACACACACUUACAACCUGUAAUAGAAUCUGAAAUCAGAUUCUAAAAUUAGAUUCAGAAAUCAGAUUUGUGAUCAGCUACUGAAUUAAAAUGUGUGGGUAGGUUUGUGUGUGGAGGUGGCAGUAGGGGGUUGGGCUGGUAUUUUCUAAGUUUAUUUAGUUUUUUAUGUAUUAAUUGUUAUUUGUUUAUUUUUAUGUACUAAUUUUUCUAUCUUACUUGUUUGUAGCUUUUAUAUGUUGAUCAGUUUGUCAUUGAGAAAGUUAGAGCCAAACGAGAAACUCCAGUUCUCAAAGGUUAGACAACCAAUAUGUUGUCUAAUCGUGAGAAAUUGGAAAUUUUUAAGGGGAGGCUUGGACUUUUUGAUAAAAAUCUAAAGCUUGUUGGUCCUUCUUGCAGCAAGCUACCACAAAAGGAACAAUCUGAUCCAAUUGGUACAAAAAAUAAAGAAAUUGAACAAAAUCCGAAUAAGAUAUGCCUUAUGGAGCUUGCAACAACAUCUACAAACCUAAUCCUGGCAUACAUGGACUUUAAUGAAAAUCAUGAACAAGCUGUCAAGUAUUUUCCUCACAAUGAGAAAAUAUGGAAGCUGAGGGAAGAUGCUAUGUGUAUUUGUGACGAGCAAAGACUGAGUUCCCAAGCUAUGCCGGAAAAUCAUAGCCUUUCUUUUAGCCAAGACGAUGAGUAUUGGCAAGAUCCAGCUGUCAUUGAAGCUUGGGAUAGAUUUUCCAAGAUUUCAGCCAAUGAGAAGAAUGUUAAAUCCUCAGUCUUUGCUAGGGCUGAUUGUCCAACUGUAACAAAAGCCAUUGAUGUUACAAAGAUUGCUGCUGAAAGUGUUCAGAUAGCAAAUAGUCUAUCUGAAAAUGAAGGUCCUGCUAUGGUAGUUGACAGUGAAAAAACUGAAGGAGGUUCAAGUAUUCGAUCUAGGUUGAGAUCUUCAGUUAAAAAAGGAUUUGGAACUCCUACUUUCAGUUUAGGAUUUGAUUCUCAAAAUAGUGAUGAUCUGGAGAACUCUCCAACCACUGUACGACCUUCAGUUGCUGCUGAUGCUGAUGUUCCUCUGAGUGGAGAUGUUGGUCCUUCUGCUGCAGGUGCUGCUGAUGUUCCUGUUCUAAAGAAGCAUAAAGUUCAAUCAUCAAUGCUGCUUAGAUCACCUUUUAAGUUAUCAACAUUUACUCUACAUUAUCAGAAGUUCAGAAAAGUGUCUUUGAAGCUCUGUUUGAUGAUGAUAAAAUUCGUUUGUAAGUAUUUUUUUAUUAUAGAAUUUGCUAUCUUGUACACUAACUCCCAUUUGUUUUAGUGAUACUAACUUUCUUAAUUCCUUUAUGCAAUGAACAAGUAUUUUUAUCCAAAGUUAAUGGAGAGGAUGAUGUUGAAAUCAUGAGAUUUCAACUUGAAAAGCUUUAUACUUAAGCUAAAAUUGAUUCAGAAAUCAUUAAUGCUUGGUGUAGUAUUCUGAAUUAUAAUGAGGAAUUUAGAGACUCAAAUUCUCCUGCUCGUUUUUUUUGCUGAAGGAAAUAAAUCUUGCUCAUUUGUCAAAUGAGCAGCCAAUAAUUUGCUCAUUUUUCAAAUUUGAUGUGUUUGUGAGCUCGAACUAAACUUAAACCUAAAGAACUGUAAACCUCACAGACGAUGUUUUUAACUUGAUUUUAUCUACCUGUUUUUCUCUUGAAAGAUUUAUUUUGAAGUUUAGUUAUGGCCUAGUAAAUGCAAAAAAUACAGCUCCUCACCCAAACCUGAAAUCACUCGAGUUGUAUUGCUCUCAUGACCUACAAUAUUUGCAAGUUUUUGCCCCAAAUCUUAUAUCAUUCAAGUAUGAUGGAAAUACAACAACUCUUUCUAUUAAUCCCCAAAUCUUUGGUUAUUUCAGCUCAUCUUUUCAAGGUUAGCAUAGAAUGAUCAGUUAGCAUUGUGUGUGUGUGUGGUUUUGGCCACUUACUGAUGUAUUGUUAUGCACCUUGUGCAGGAAAUGAGCGAUUUAAAUCUUGCUCAUUCGUUAAAUGAGCAGCCAAUAAUUUGCUCAUUUUUCAAAUGAGCAAGCAAUUAUUUGCUCAUUUUUCAAAUGAGCAAAUUAUUCUUUGCUCAUUUGUCAAAUGAGCAAAUCGUUCUUUGCUCAUUUUCCAAAUGAGCAAAUUAUUCUUUGGUCAUAUUCCAAAUGAGCAAAUUAUUCUUUGCUAAAGUGACCUUGCACACAUAGUCAUCCACCUUCCCUUUUCCACCUUGGCUGAAACUUGGGCUAUGAACUGUAGAGCCAUUGAGCCAAAGUGUAGUGAACCUAGUGAACCUUUAAAUGUAGUAAAACUAUAUUCUUUAUUGAUAUGCUUUAAAUGUAGCCAAUAUAUGGGUUUCUUAGUACUUAUUCUAUUCUUCUACUUCCUGCUUCACCCUCUUUCUGGCAUUUUUAUUUUUUAAAAUUUUCUUGUUUUAUUUUUUCUUUUCUAU